AUGGAUAGACCCGAUAUUCAAAGAUUGUUUUCAGCGUGCGACGUAAAUAAAUCUGGUAAAAUUGAGUAUGAGGAUUUUACAGCCGUGUGUCGAGAACUAAAUGUCCCCAAUACCGAGGUCAGGACUUUGUUCAAUAAGUUUGAUAUCGACAGAGUUGGAUAUGUCGACUUCGGCGACUUUCAGGACAGGUUUAACGAGGUUUCUGAAACGUUGGACUUCACUGCGCUUGGAGAAGUGCAACAUGGAAGAAGCGCUUGGGACGAAUUUGAGGACACAAUAGAAGGAGAGACAAGUUAUUUGGGGAGCACCCGGGAGCAACUGGCUGAGCUCUACCAGCAGAUCCACUCGACCUCUGACCUCGCCCUCCUGCGUUACUAUGAGACUGUGAUAAAAGUGCUGGUGAAAGAAAGCAAGGACCAAGUCUCAGACAGCCAGCAGCUGCAGACCAGCCUGAGAAGGGUGGAGGACAUGACUUCUCGGCAGCUGACAGAGCUGGAGGAGGAUCUGCAGGACCAGCUGGUUCAGAUGGAGAAGAGGGUGAGAGCAGAGGAGCGGCAGAAGAUGGAAGAGGCCGUGAGCGAAAUGCAGACCAGGCACGACGGGGAGGUGGCCGAACUGCGGGCCGCUGUGCAGAGACUCAUAAAGCACCGGGAGGAGUCGCAGCACAGCAGCCCCAGAGUGGACGUUCCACGACUGAGGAGCCAGAUCCGUGAAAUGGCACAGGAGAAUGAGAUGCUACGCAGCUCCCUCAUAAGUGCACAGACCAGCGUCAACAUCCUGCAGGCAGAUCUGGAUCAGCUGAAGAAUGAGUUUGCAGACGAAAUCGUACAGCAUGAGAGGGAGAACGCUGACCUGAAAAAGAUGCUUCUAGAAUCCCAGUCCUACUCAAGCCAUAUACAAGUACUCCAGGACGUCAACAGGAAGCUGUACGACAGCAACGACGGGUUGAGGUCGGUGCUUGCCAUGAGCACAGGGUCUGGCAAGAGGAGGCACUCACCCAAAGAGGAGACUGCAACCAGGAAGCUGAGGUCUGUUCCGCAGAGCACGCACAACUCCAGUAUCGCCAGUGAGGACGAGGUCAUGUCCGUUGACUCGACGGGAGACGAGUAUUCCCACGUCGAUAACUGGGCAGAGAAGUACCUGGACAGCAGGUCGUCGCCGAUGCAGGAUGCCACGGGCAGCUCCAGCAGCGAAUACGACAGCGACAACACCCAGGACUCUGUGGAGACGGUGGCCCGCAGCUACCCCUACACGCCCUUCAAUGUUGAGAUGUCCGAUUCGAAGUCAGAGGACAGAGUUUCCUUGACGCCCAGCAAGAGCAGCUCCGUGGCUUCCUCCAUUCGCAGACGCCUGUCGGCCUUCACUUCUAAGCAGGUGAGUGUAGACUACCCAAUCUCUGAAGAGCCCUCCCCGAUGUACAGACUUGUUCUGGCGGGAGACGCAGGUUCCGGGAAGUCCAGUUUCCUACUGAGGUUGAGCUCAAAUGAGUUCAGGGGAGACAUGCAGUCAACACUGGGGGUAGAUUUUCAAAUCAAGAAGAUGCUGGUGGAUGGAGAAAAGACUCAUCUGCAGAUCUGGGAUACAGCUGGACAAGAGAGGUUCCGGAGUCUUGCCAGGUCCUACUUCCGUAGAGCCCAUGGAGUUAUACUGCUGUAUGACGUCACCUCGGAGAGGAGUUUCCUCAGUGUGCGAGAUUGGAUGAACCACAUUCAGGACUCUACAGUUGAGCAGCUCCCCAUGUGCCUGAUCGGGAAUAAGGCCGACCUGCGGGCGGAGCAGCCCAACGGGAGCUGCGUGAGCCCCACAGACGGGGAGAAGCUGGCGAAGACAUACAACGCCCUGUUCUGCGAAACCAGCGCCAAAGACGGAACCAACGUGGUCGAAGCAGUCCUCCAUCUCGCACGGGAGGUGAAGAAGCACGCGAAGCUGAGGCGCAUGUCGGAUCCACGGACGAGGCUGAGUUUGACUGACGAAAAGAAGAACACGCUCAGUAACUGCUGUGGAGUGUAGCCCCAGUGUGGCUCUGCCAGUUGCAGCCAGUAACACUUCUGUGUUUUCCCAACAGGUUCAACCUGAUGUGACGAUGCUAAAGGUGUACUUCCUUUCUUGUAAAAAGAGAUCCCCCCAAUUUUUUUUUUUUUUUUUUAAGUACACC